CCGGUAUCCAGGAAGUUGACAGCAGCCACCUCGGCUCAGUGAAGGCUUCGCUGUAUAGCCGUUUAGCUUUUUAGCUUUCACUCACAGUUUUCGGUGUCAUUUAAAGUUUAUAUAUAAGCUACUACAUUUGAAUGCGGUAAUAAUGGACUGGAAAGAAAGCAGUGGGGGUCACGGUCACAGCCACGGUAACGAUGGGCAAAGCUGUCAUGGUUCGCACGGUGCACAUGCUGGCCACUCGCAUGGCUUCAUGCCCAAUUUCCAGUUCAUGCAGAGGGGUGAAGCCAUGAUGGACCCGACACAGCAGCCGAAGAAAUACCCACACAUUGAAGACAGCAGCAGCUGGGACAUCGUCAAAGCCACGCAGUUUGGCGCGUUUGAUCGGUGUAAAGAGCUGGUCGAGGCGGGUUACGAUGUUCGACAGCCCGAUAAAGAAAAUGUCACUCUACUGCACUGGGCAGCCAUUAAUAACAGAACAGAGCUCAUCAAGUAUUAUUUAUCUAAAGGUGCAGUCGUGGAUCAGUUGGGUGGAGAUUUAAACUCUACACCACUCCACUGGGCCAUAAGGCAGGGCCACUUGCAGACGGUGAUCCAGCUGAUGCGUUACGGCGCUGAUCCAUCUCUUGUGGAUGGAGAGGGAUACGCUGGCCUCCAUCUCGCUGUGCUUUUCCAAAACAUGCCUAUAGCAGCAUAUCUGAUGGCCAAGGGUCAGGAAGUGGAUGCUCCUGAUGCAAACGGACAGACCUCACUGAUGCUGGCUGCACAGAAAAUUAUUGGGCCAGAACCAACCAACUUCCUGCUACGGUGUAACGCGUCAGUGAAUGCAGUAGAUAAGGUGAACAGGAACUCACCACUGCAUUGUGCCGUACUUGCUGGCAACGUUGAUUCUGCACACAUCUUGCUGGAGUCUGGAGCCAGCGUGGAGCUGCAGAACACCAAUGGCCACACACCAAUAGACUUGGCCCACCAGGUGAACAGUCCUCUGCUGAUUCAUAUGCUGAAUGUGGUGAAAAAUGAGCGCAAAAAAUCCAACACGCGUUGCUUGAGAUUCCUCAACAGUUACCAGGCCGUUCUGCAGUGUGUCUUCAGUGUGUGUGUGAUGUGGGCAGUAGGAGCCAUUUUGGACUUAAGUUCUGAGUCCUGGCUACUAAAAGGGGUUCUACUGGCGUGUUUGCUCGCUAUGAUCAACCUCACCUGCAGACGGCUAGCAAGUGCCACAGUUCAGAGUCUGGUUCCCUCCACCACCCUUAUUGCCUCCAUAUUUUGGAUGCUUGUCACCUGGUGCCUGUGGUUCCUGCCAGAUGGUCCCACUACGGCGGUGCAAAUGAUGUUUCCCCUGACCGUUUUGGCUCUGCUGUAUUAUUACCUGCGCACUUGCAGAACCGACCCUGGGAUUGUCAGGGUGACCGAGGAGGAGAAGAAGAAGAACAUUGUAGUCCUGGCAGAAGCAGGUUGCCUCGACCCCAGGAUCUUCUGCACGUCAUGUAUGAUGAGGAAGCCAAUGAGAGCUCAUCACUGCUUUUCCUGUAACUCCUGUAUCGCUAAACAGGAUCAUCACUCUCCCUGGAUCAAUGGCUGUAUAGGUGCCAGGAACCAUCACUUCUUUGUUCUUUUUCUCAUGACGCUGAACCUCGUGUGUGGCUGGAUGCUGUACGACUGUGUUAUGUACUGGUCACAAAGGUGUGUGAGCAGGGCUUCAGUUGGGCUGUGGGAAACGAUUACUGAGCUGUUCACCUGCUCACCCUGGAUCACUUAUAUCUGCAUCAUCACCCUGUUACACAUGGCCUGGGCCUCAAUCACCCUCGCACAGCAACUUUACCAGAUUGCAUUUCUUGGACUGACGACUGCAGAAAGAGCGAGUUUGCUGCACGGACAGAGGAAACUCCCUCCUGCUUACUCUCUCAGGCAGAACCCGUUCAACCGUGGUGUGCUGAAGAAUCUGGUAAACUUCUUCCAACUGCGCUGCUGUGGAUUGUGCAAGCCUCUCGUUUUGGACUGGACUCAGGAGAGUCCCAUGGGUUUAAACCGAGACCAUCAGAUGUUUAACAGCCUAGACCCUGUCUGACCAUCAACAACAUCGCUGAGCAUAUUUGUAUUCUGAUGAUGGCCAGAUCACAUACUGCACACAGGCACAUUUUGCAUAAUCUGCCUUACUCUCUGAUAUAUUUGACCAAAAAUACAUGUCUGUCUGUCAGGCAUGGGCCACUACUUAACUGUACAGUGUCUUGCAUAAGUAUUCACACCCGCUUGAACCACAUUUUUGUCACGCUUGAUGCAUUUGGGGUUUUACAUCACAAGUCUACAUAAAACAACCCAUAAUACUAAAGUAGCUGGACGAAUCAAUACAGUUUACAAUAAUAUUUACUAAUAAAAUCAUGAGCUCUGAUCGCAUCCAUAUUCAACCCUGUUGUAAAAGUACAAGCUGUCGGCAUCAGACGUCACAUGAUUACUUGCAUGGCCAUACGAGAGAGGGGAACGGCAAAUACUUUUGCGGUCACAACUUUUGUCAUCUUUUUUCCCCACUUCAGUAUUAUUGGCUCUUUUAUGUAGACAAAUAAUCCCAAUUUCAGUUCAUUUGGAUCAUUUGAAUACUUUUGCAAGGCAGUGUAUAUCACAGAACCUUUAAUCAUGUUACUAACCUAGAUCUGUAAAUGUGUACUCUCAAGCAAUGAAGGGAAGGACAAGAGCCCAUCAGUCGAUGACCCACCAGUCGACUGCCCACCAGAACUCUCAUGGAAUGUCCACUUUAUCAGUAUCCCAUGUAUUUAACACUUAUUUUUGUAUAUGCCCAAUCUAUGUACACCCAAAAGUACAUAUAACUGCAAAAGGCCAAAUAGGAAGCUGAACUAUAUAUUAGCAAAAUAUACUUUGAUAUAUUUUGUUCUCAAUUCUUUUGUAAACAUGUAGUCAUCCUUUUUGUAAAAUAAGUAGAAAAAAAAAGAAGAGUGCGCUUUUAUAUUCUGCACUUUUUAGGUGUCAUAGGCAUACAGGAUGAGUUAUGAAGUCAGAAUUCCCAGUCAAGUUCCACUUUUCCCUGUUAUUUUGUCCUCAUUUUUAUACGGUUGUUUUACAGCCAGGGAAAUGCACUAUCCAGUAGUGCUGAAGGAUGUUCUUGGAAUAAAAACAACAUUUUUUUUUUU